AUGCUACUAAUUUUCGAGAAAUCAGUAACCCAUGAUCCAUUAGAUCAUGAGCAUCGAAGAGCAAACCACUGUGACAAAAGCAGAGAGCAGUUCAAUCGUAUUGUGAGAACAUUUAACAGGCAUACAAUGGAUCAACCACAAAGGAAAAAAAGAAGUGUGACACUGAUAAGGGGAAACCUGAAAAACAAAGGGGAUUUGGAAAUUGAAUUUGAUGAGCUAGGCCAAAAUAUCGGAGAGACCCAAUCUCAGUUUAGCAAUUAUUGUGGAGUCAUGGUAAGGACGAGGAUUUCUAUCCUCAUAUUGUGUUGGGAUGAAGUUCCUAAGGCUGAAAUCGAUGAAUUGUGGUUAAACACAAAGAAACAUUGGAAUAUAGAAGAUGAUAGGCACAAAAAACAGGUACUAAAAAUUUGCAAUCAAUCAUGGAAGGCUUACAAGAGCAGGCUUGUUAAUGACUACCUAAAGAAGGGUAGAAAUCUGGUACCUGAAUAUCCAUACCUAGAUGAGCCUACAUGGAACGCUUUUGUUCAACUCAAAACAUCACCGAGCUUCCAGGAAAUAAGCAACAAAGCUACAACGACUGCAAAGUUGAACAAGUAUCCGCCUCGGAUAGGCCCACGUGGUUAUCGUGGUAUGAAACAUCAAUGGGAAAAAGAGAUGGAGUCUGGUGAGUCAACGGAGUUCCAUAAUAUAAGAAGUGAACGUGCAAGGAAUUUUAUCCUUGCUAGGUUAAAACGUGAUCCCACAGGGAUAUACUCGUUACCUACUGAUCUCUACUCCUUGGCAUCUGAAUUGAUUGAAAAGGAUACCCAAUUAUCUCAUGGAGAUUGGUUUCCUGGACCUGGAGCCGAUGUGCUUACAGAGGUGUUAGGACCCGAGCAUCCAGGUCGUACGAGGGCUGUUGGGCACAACGUUGGCUUGAGACAAUCCAUGCCUAGGGUUGAUAAGAAAAAAGGGAAGAGCCAUGAUAAAUAUAACUUGGAAGAUAUUAAGGAGAAGAUGAAGAUCGAGGUGGAGGUGGAGGCUAUGAUGGAGGCCAAAAUGGAAGCCAAGAUAGAAGAGAUGAAUGCUCAGAUGGAAGAGAUGAAAACAUAUAUGCAACAGUUUCUCUCAAAGAAUGAAGGCAUACACAUUACCAGUCCGUUGUUGAAGAAAAAUAGUGUCGUCUCGACUACUCCUACUGCUUGCGAGUUAGUGAUACCAUACGACGCGAUGAACCAGAAAUGUGCAAAAGGGAUGGUCUUUCCAUAUGGGAAUGGACAAAUACAUUCAGUUCCUUUAAAUGCAAAUCAUUUGAGGGUAUCCAUAGACAAGAUCUAUGACCAAUAUGAUUGUAUCCCUCUUCCCGUCUCGACCGAAGAAGCAAGUAAGAUGUGUGAGGCGCUUCAUGGUAUAGUUGAGUGGCCAAGGAAUGCAAUUAAGAUCAUUCAGUCCUCACAGUUCAAGCCAAAUGUUGAACAAGAUAAAAGAUGUUCCUUUCUACCGGUAGCUGUCGACCCGUUUUUUAAUGUUUGUACAAAAACAAAGCAACCUCGCAUAACCAAGAGUGUGCCAGUAAUCUCGAAGGGUGUUAUGAAGAAGACUAAGCCAGCAAAGGAAAGUUUGAUACCACAUAAUUCUAAUAAGCAAGUCGACCUAGAAAAAAUGCCCCUUCUCAUGAAAAGAAUAUAUAGACGUUUGAUGAAUCGUGAUGCUCCUGAUGAUGCGAUUUAUGUUGAAGCCGAACCCGGGAUCCUUGGAGCUCAGAAAAUUGAAACAUACAUUUACCCCGAGGAGAUUUUACGUCUGUUGAAUAAACAAUGGCUUGAUAUUAGUGUCAUAACAUGGUUUCAAAUCAUGUUACAUUCAAUGCUUGAAACACGUGGUGGGAAUAAAGUGAACAGAUGUGCUUUCAUUUCCCCGAGUGAGAUUCAGGCAACAAUAUGCGAGUCAAAUGGUGAGGAUGUUAUGCUGCUAGUAAUCUGCCCUAACCAAGGCACAGGGUAUAUCUUGAAUUCCCAAAAAAAUCCGGAUGAGAAGCCCGUGGAGAACUACAUAGUCGUGAAAUAUGUCGAAGAGGCUGUUGCAAGGCUUAAGGAAGCUAUCGACACAACACAUCCAAUGAAAUGGACACUUGUCGAGUGCAACCAACAACCAUCAAGUUGGGAGUGCGGUUUUUACGUCAUGAGAUGGAUGUUUGAGUUCGUGUUGACUCAACAAAAUGAAUUCCCAAACAAAAACAACUGGAACGAUAAAAAACCGUUUCCGGAUUGGGUGUUAAAUGAAAUCAUCGUUAUGUGGAGUUCAAGGUUUGAGAUAGUGGAUGCUGUUAGAAAUUUUGAUGUUGUUGAAAACCUGGUUGCUACUGGAAAUUUCGCUGCCGUUGGAAUCCAGGCGGAUUAUGAUAUUGUUGUUGUUGCUGGAAGUUAUUCUGAAAAUUCCGUUGAUAGCCUCUGA